GCCGCGGCUGCCAGAGCCGGCCAGUGUGCGACGCAUUGCCGACCAUGGCGGCCGCCGCAGCAGCCUCAGCCACGUCCACGCCGGCCGGCGCGGCCGCGCACCAGCCGCCCUUCACCGAGGAGCAGCUCAUCGCGCAGGUGUACCAGCACAACAUCCUCUACGACAAGACGUCGUUCCACUACAAGGACCCGCGGAUGCGCAUGGAGGCGUGGGAGGAGAUCGGGCGCGCUCUCAAAGUGCCAGGUUCGGAGUGCCUCAAAGCGUGGCGGAAGCUACGAAACUGCUACAUGAACGCCAUCAAGCGGCGGAGGUUCAGCAGCAAGGCCACACACGCCAACAAGAAGUACACCAAGUGGAAGUUCGAGGACGAGAUGUCCUUCCUGCUGCCCUACAUGCUCAGUGGCAGGGCGAUGUCGCACGAGCACAGCAACGAGGAAGAGGAGGAGGACAACGAGGACGGCGACCCGGGCGGCGAGCUGGUGGAGGCGGAGACGGCGCCGACGCUCAAGGCGGAGGAGCCGGCCCCGUCUCCCGGCCAGCUGCACGCCCCCGCUUACGGCGCGGGCCGGCGCGCCGAGUUCACCGGCGCCCAAGAGUUCGUCAGCGUCGUCAUGGCCAACGGGCGCGCCGGCAGCCACUCCUACGACGAUGACGACGAACCGGACCGCGACGAAGACGACGACGAGAGCCCGCGGGCGCGCCGACGCCCCCGCAAGCGGCUCAGGGCGCGCAGCCCCUGCCCCGCGCCCUCUGCCGCCUCUGGCCCGGAGGCCAUGGACGACACCGAGAUGUUCUUCCUGAGCAUGGCCAAGACCGUCAAGAAGCUGCCGCGCGUCGAGCGCGUGCGCAUCCGCAUGGACCUCUGCCGCAUGGUCUCCGAGGCCGAGCUGCGCAACCUCACCAACGGCUACCGCCGCAAGUGACCGUGUAUAAACUUCAGUGAUAUAAACUUGUGCUUUCCUCGUUUUAAUCAUUCCUUCCAUCAGCUGUUGGUGUGAAGCCAGAGUAUUUAUGAAGUUUUCACGCCAUGAUAUUCCUCACAACCGUACAUUGCAUUUUUUGUAUACUCAACUCCUUGUAAUUCUCAACAAUUCUGUAAAUAUUUAACUUGUGUUUUCUUCAUUCUAGGCAACAAUAACUUUUUCUUCCGCGAACAGUCGUCUCUUUCUAGCGCGCGCGCGUGCGUGUGUGUGUGUGUGUGUGUGUGUGUGUGUGUGUGUGUGUGUGUGUGUGUGUUUUGAAACGUCACUUGUUUUGUCCAAUUCUAUCUUGGUCUCCUAUCUCUAAUGUGGUACUCACUUCCAAACCCUCCUAAGCCAACAAGCCUCUUACAGUUAUCUUUCAAUUACGCGAGUGCAUCAUCUGUGGGUUCAUCCACAGCUAUCACUGCUGAUUGACAGCUCCGUAUUUCCAGCUAUGCUUAAAAAAAAAAAUCAACUGCAGUCCGGUGGCAGUUGUGUGUUCACAUUUGACUAGCUCGAACUGGUUCCACAGCAUGCUGUUUCAUCUGUUGAAUUAUAGCGAUGAUGACUAAUGGCAGCCCAUCAACCAGUCAAUUUCUUUUCACCAUCAUCAUGAUCAUUAUCAGAGUUUUACGAUCAUCUAUGGCAGGAUCUAAAGAAUUUGAAAAAACAGCUAUCAUUUCAUUGAUUUUUAAAAAAAUUACAAUGCUGCUAAGCAGAAAACAUUAAUACAAAAGUAGCAAAUCAUGAGAAAGUAACUAGUUUCAACAUAGCUGCUUACACAUUUCUAGUAAUAUUUUUAUUUAUUCUCGUCCUUGUAUAUUAAAUACUCAUUCUCCUCUUCACCCCCCCCCCUUUCCCGGUUAAAAUACAAGUACUGACAUGCCUGAUUUCCGUCCAUUCCAUCAAGUGUUCAUUAUCAUCGUUUAUAUCAUCUACACUUUUAACGCUUCCUCAUAUUGUUUCCAUGACUUCCGGUAAUAUCUCAUCGACGGGCUCCACACCUCGUUGCACUGCUACAGCAGCUGAGGUAAAAAAAAAGGCGAUUAACUGUCUGAGAAAUAUAUAAUGUUACUAUACUUUUCAGCAGCAGUAUUAGCGAUUUAACUACAUUCCUAUGACGAAAGUUCCCUGGUAAUAUUUUUUUAUGAGGACCCUGGUAAUAUUUUUUUAUGAGGAAAGAGACUCACACGCGGCAGAACACUAAACAAGUACGAAUUUACAGAUUUGCUUAUUUUUUAAACAUAUUUUGUGAAAAAACUCACAGUGUAGCCCUCCCCACUAGCCCUUCUGCUAGUCGUGGCUCAAGUGGGAACGGGAUCGAUUAUACAUUACAGGAGGAGAGACGUGUGAUCUGGAAGUCGGACUUAGCGAUUAGUGGUCAGCUACUCGUGCUUACCGUUUGCACAGUCCGCAGGAGAAAGCCGACAAGACAGCUUUAAGUGCCUCACUGAUAAUACAGUGCUAUUUGCACCUGACACGAUGUCAGACGUGUGAUGUAAAAAGGACUAGAGACUAGAGGACGAUCUCACAAGGCCCUGAGCCUGAUACUUAUUACUCUAUAGCAAUAUAGUUUUCUUUCUAAGAUUAUAUGUAUUAGCUUUUACUGUGGUACAAGGAAUGUGAAAUUUAAAUGUUAAAAAGCUUUUUUUUAGGAAAUAAAAGAAAUUUUGUGCUUUUUGUUAAA